GUCAUCCCUGGUUUCUUCUGUAUCUGGGGAAUAUUAGUCAGUGUGGGAUUCAUGAUGUGCAUCUCAGUGGAAAGUUACUCCUGUCAUCAAACUCCUGGUUCAACACUGAAGGAUGAAAGAGUUGAACUUCAACAUGUCUUGGGAAAACAGUUUUAAUUACAGCAACAUGAACCUCAACUUCAGCGACACUCAUUAUAACAGUAGUGAAGUCGACGACAUAUUUUUUGUUGUACAUAUAGUAUCAUGGAUAAAUUGGAUCACCACUGGCAUUGGACUUCCUUUAAUUCUUAUAGUGAUGACUGCAGUUUUUUUCCAGGUGAGAAAGGGUCAGGAUGCUCCAGUCUAUGUCAUCAACCUCCUCGUCUCUGAUCUCAUUCAGCUCUGCUGCAGAAUUCCACUAGAUUUUACUAAACGCAAUGAUGAUAAUGGCAAAUACAUGAAUAUUGUAUUUUUUAGUACAAUGGUCAGUGUUGGAUUCAUGGUGUGUGUCUCUUUUGAAAGGUAUCUGGUCAUUGCCAAACCUCUGUGGUACAGAUUCAGGAGAAACAUCAAGACAUAUGUGGUGGUCUGCAUUGUGGUCUGGAUACUUCCACUUUUUUAUCCAGUACUUUUCUAUGGGACUAAGGACAAUAACAGUCAUGACACCUUCUUCAUGAUUGUUCUCCUCCUGCCUUUUCCCUUCUUCAUCUUUUUCCUGGUUGGGACUAUCAAAGCUCUGUCUGGAGCGCUCAGUGUCCCAGCAGAUGAAAAACGACGAAUAGUAGCCAUUCAGGUUGUGGUGCUGAUUAUUUACACUCUGCUUUAUCUGCCCAUGAUCAUUUCCCUUCUGGGUAACUUUAUUGUAUUAGAUGAUGAGUUCCACUUUAUUCUCAUUGCUGUGUCUUUAGUUUGUUUUUUUCUUAGUCCUCUUGCAGACACAACUUUGUAUUUGUUCAUAAGGAAAAGCAUCAUGGAUAAGUUUCUGGCUUCAAUCUGUUCUUGUAAAAUAUCCAACAAUCAGGAGACGAUCAGCACAGAUCAUGAAAGCAGAUCUGCAACAACUACUGAGACUGUUUAG